UUAAAGCAUCGGCUCUCUGCGUGGCACGACAACGAUUCGAGCCUGCAGCAGAGAGAAAAGAGAGCUAUCUGAGCGCAGGCCUUAUGGCUUGAUGCUUAUACGGCGAGGAAACGGACAUGCGGAUGUUCCUUGAGUAUUUCUCUUUUUAUUCUGUCUGCGGACGGAUCAUCGGCCGACACCUCCACGAAAAUUGUUCCCGAAUAUUCUCCUUGCUCGACUGCACGACAGGACAGAUUAUCCGGUUUGGUAACGUAAUGUGUUGUGUCUCUCCUCUAUGUGUGGCGCUUCACGCACCGACCUGCUUGCUCUGCGGGAGGACUCGCUAUUGUGCCUUUGUUAUCCAACGCCUGUCCAUCUUCGCUUAUCUCUGCCUCAAUCUCUGCCACCUGCUUACAAACGCACACACACAGUGUGGGCGGGCUUCCAAAUUCGCUGGGUAUAUACCUGUGUGGCGCCCUUCGGGGAGCUGGGGUGACCUAUCACACGGUGGGGCGGGGUGCUGCACAUACAUCCACGCAGAAAGGACAAGACCCCAUGCUGUAUUCGCGGCUGCAUCAGUCAGUGACUCGCUCAUCCCGGUAUGGCGCCUGGGGUACUGUACUGGAUAUCGGUGCCUGCGUAUAUGAGACAUUGCUCACCAUACAACAUCAAGAAGCUCUUCCUUCAGUACCUGCAGUCGCGAUCGGCUCACUGAGCUGCCACAGGUGAGGCGUCCGGUCACAAUAUCCAAUCUUCUUCAUGACGACGGUGUCGUUCGACAAACACACUAGAUACUCUGAUAGGCCGACGCACGACAGAGUCACUGGUCCGCCAUACUCUGCGCUGCCCCGCCGUCCCACAAACACGUCACUUGUCGCGACGGGGGGCUCGCAGCAUCCGGAGCAUCCAAAGAUGAAUCGAAACAGACAACUAUGGCUCUCAUAGGAGGGCGUCAUUUCCCACUGCUCGUAGGAGGCCUCCUCUUCUGCGUUCGGCUUGCCUAUUUCGGUAGUGGGCCGGCUCAAGACGAGGUUCAUCUUGUGCACCCGAAGCGUCAGGUGCGGAAACGCCACUGGCACGAGGCGAAAGGUCUGUAUGGGACAGAGGAUGUCCUCGUGCUCGAUCCAUUGCUGCGACGGGUCAGGUAGCUCCCCAUCCUUGGUGGCAAUCUUCCGUUGCAAGACGACUGAAGCCUCCUGGCCAACGCCGCGCAGGGCCGUAAGCACAAGGCCAGUUCGGAUGUUUUGCAGCCGGAACGGUUUGGCCUUUGUGUUUAUCUGCUGAUAGAGAUACGUAUUGUAGGGGACGAAAGGGGGGUUGGCUUUGACGAGGACAAUGCCGUUACGCAGCUCCGAAUGGCUGGGGUCGAUGGGGCGAUUCAAGGCCUUGUUUUUGCCGCCUUCGAUGUAGAUUGAGAUGAAACACGGGGUGUACGAGUGGAGAGUUGUCUCAGAGCCAACAUCGAGCAACUGCCAGCCCACCGCUUGGCGGAGCGAGCCGAACUCGACCUCCACAUCUACCGCACUCUUUUUUCCACGGCUGAAGAAGAAAAACGAUGCACGCUGGGUCCCUUGCGCAUGCCCUUCUUUGUGCAUACCCGCUCUCUCUCCCACGUUCCAGCUUUCCGCCGAUUCCGAUAUCACCAAAUUGCAAAGAUAUUUCGGCUUCUGGGUUGUCUCUGUCGUAGUUCGUCUCGGCUUUGAUGAUCUGCUCAUGGACCCUCUCGAUACCGGCCUCCGGCACCAGUCGCACCUGAUGUGAACACACAUCGACUCAUGUCCGUCCCACAUCACGAAACCGAGCCCCCUUACCGAUGCAUCGCUGCCAGUCUUGUUCAGGACCUUGAGGGAUGUCUGCUGGCCAAGGCCAGCCAUUCUUCGUGUGCGGGCAG